AUGGUUAAAAACACAAUUAUACCAUCAAUUGUACCUUGCAUCUUUUUCUUUAUAUUUGGUUAUUACACAAAAACAUUUUUUCCUCAUUCUUUGAAAAAACCACAAACAUAUUUUCUAGGAUUCAAUGAAGAAUAUAAGCUUGUCUUAGUUGUUAGAACUGACCUGAAAAUGGGUAAAGGAAAAGUGGCAUCACAAUGCUCACAUGCUGCAGUUGCAUGUUAUAAAAAACUUAUGCAACAAAAUCCAGAAAUAAUUGAUUUAUGGGAAACUUUUGGACAGCCUAAAGUUGUACUACAAGUGGAAACAGAAGCUGAACUGGAAGAUCUACGUACCCAUGCAAAAUCAUUAGGAAUAUCAUCAUGCAUUAUCCAUGAUGCAGGUAGAACGCAAAUAAGCCCGAACUCAGCAACAGUGGUUGGUAUUGGGCCAGGACCAAGAUCAAUUAUUGAUCAAAUUACGGGACAUUUGAAAUUGUACUAA